AUGGCUUCAAGACCCGUUUCCCGCGCUCUGCGCCAAACCGCCCGCCAAUUGGCUGCUACUCCCGCUCAGAAGCGCACUUUCGUGUCUGCUCUGAAUGCUGGUGCCAAGAAGGCUGCUCCCCGCGCGGCUGUUACAAGCCAGUUCCAGCAGACUCGUGGUAUCAAGACCAUUGACUUCGCUGGUACCAAGGAGACUGUCUACGAGCGUGAUGACUGGCCAAAGGAGAAGCUCCUUGAGUACUUCAAGAACGACACCAUGGCCAUGAUUGGCUACGGCUCCCAAGGUCACGGCCAGGGUCUCAACAUGCGCGACAAUGGCCUCAACGUCAUCGUCGGUGUACGGAAGAACGGUGCUUCAUGGAAGGAGGCUGAGGCGGAUGGCUGGGUUCCCGGCAAGAACCUGUUCGACAUCGACGAGGCCAUUGCCAAGUCGACCAUUGUCAUGAACCUUCUCUCCGACGCCGCUCAGUCCGAGACCUGGCCCGCCAUCAAGCCCCAGCUCAAGGGCAAGACUCUCUACUUCUCCCACGGCUUCUCCCCCGUCUUCAAGGACCUCACCAAGGUCGAAGUCCCCACCGACAUUGACGUCAUCCUCGUCGCUCCCAAGGGUUCCGGCCGUACUGUCCGCACCCUCUUCCGUGAGGGCCGUGGUAUCAACUCAUCCAUCGCCGUCUUCCAAGAUGUCACCGGCAAGGCCAAGGAGAAGGCUGUCGCCCUCGGUGUUGCCGUCGGUUCCGGAUACAUGUACGAGACCACCUUCGAGAAGGAGGUCUACUCCGACCUGUACGGUGAGCGUGGCUGCCUGAUGGGCGGUAUCCACGGCAUGUUCCUCGCCCAAUACGAAGUCCUCCGUGAGCGCGGCCACAGCCCCUCUGAGGCUUUCAACGAGACUGUCGAGGAGGCUACACAGUCUUUGUACCCCUUGAUCGGCGCCAACGGCAUGGACUACAUGUACGCCGCCUGCUCCACCACCGCCCGCCGUGGUGCCCUCGACUGGAGCCCACGCUUCAAGGCCGCCCUUAAGCCCGUCUUCAACGACCUCUACACUGCUGUUGCCGACGGUAGCGAGACCAAGCGUAGCUUGGAGUACAACUCGCAGCCCGACUACCGUCAGAAGUACGACGCGGAGCUUAAGGAGAUUGACGAGUUGGAGAUCUGGAGGGCCGGAAAGGCUGUUCGCUCCCUCAGGCCCGAGAACGCCAAGUAG